AUGGCCUCCAUCAAAGGCAUCAGCCUCGGCCUCCACCGCAUCUCGAGGGCUCUCGAGGGCGUUCCCCAGAAAUGGGACGCAAUCCAUGUCGCCGGCACCAAUGGCAAGGGCUCGACUUGCACCUACCUCUCCGCCCUAUGCCGCUCCUUCGGCGUCUCCAACGGCCUGUUCACAUCGCCCUACUUGGUUGAGCCUCGAGAUGCCAUCAAAAUCAAUGGCACUCCUGUUCAGCAAGACGUCUACAACGAUGUGAGACGCAAAAUUCUAGACGAUGAGCAGACCCGAUUGGCCCAGGAUGCUUCCCAGGAACAGCUGUCCAUCUUCGAGGUCACCACCCUGAUUGCUUUCGGGGUUUUUACGCAUGCCGACGUGCAGACGGGUAUAGUCGAGGUCGGUCUUGGCGGCAGACUCGACUCGACCAACGUUCUCAAGCGCAAAAAGGUGACCGUCAUCACCAAGAUCGGUCUCGACCACCAGGGAUUUCUCGGUAACACCUUGCCUGAGAUCGCAAAGGAGAAGGCCGGCAUCAUGAUGGCCGGCGUGCCGUGCGUCGUCGACGGCAGCAACCCGCCCGAGGUCCUCGAGGUUUUCCGAAAACACGCCGAAAGCCUCUCGGCGCCGCUGCACCUCACCACGAACCAGGCCGGCCUGCUGGAAACGCUCUACCGGUCCGAUCUAAUGCCGCACCAAGCCCAGAACAUGGCAUGCGCCAUCGCGGCUUUCCAGAUUGCUUAUCCCCAUCUGAACCUCUCUGCCGAGCAAGCCUUGCCCAUCCUGAAGGAUGUUAGUCACCUGGGGAGACUGUCAUGGCUGGAAAUCAGCAAGAAGCAUCCUUCACGGAAGGGCAAGCCGGUCCUCAUCGACGGUGCUCACAACCCGCAGUCUGCAGAGACGCUCUCUGAAUAUGUUGAGCGACGCCUGCGAGUUGCAGACAAGCCCGUCACUUGGAUCGUGUCAGUAUCCAAACAAGACGGGAAAGAUGCUGGAGGCAUGCUGCGCACGCUUUUGAGGCCCGGUGACAAUGUCGCCUGCGUACCAUUUUCGGGACGAGAGACCAUGCCCUGGGUCGAGCCUCUGCCUGUGGCCACCUUGCGAGACAUGGCAUCUGAAGCGGGUGCGAGGAAACUAUUCGAUGGAGAGGAGAACCUUGAGGCCGCCAUGAGAUGGGCCGUUGAAAAUGCCAACGAUGGCCCUAUUGUUGUAACAGGCAGUCUUUACUUGGUUGGAGAUGCAUACGGAGGUUAUGCGGCAAUCGACACGCAAAUUCACACUGCUUUUCAAUUGCCCAACAGCUACCUGCCCCCUCACCCCGGCUCGGCCAUGACAACCCCGUCCCAUCUAAUCGUCGUCUGCUGCCACGGCAUCUGGACCGGCGGCCCCACCAACGGCCAUGCCGAGUCGGAGUGGCUCAUCGCCGACUUCCAAACCGGCGAGACGCCGACCUUCAUCGAACACAUCAAGGCCGGUCUAACGGCACUGCGGGACGACCCGGCCGCCGUGCUCGUGUUUUCGGGAGGCCCGACCCGCAAAGAAACACCCCUCUCCGAAGCCCAAAGCUACGCCGCCCUCGCCCGCUCAAACGCCUACUUCGCCAUCUUCCCCGCAGACCACCAGCCCGACCUCACUACCCGCAUCCUCGAGGACUCCCAGGCCCUGGACUCGUACCACAACAUCCUCCACUCCCUCAUCCUCUUCUGGCGCACGCACUCGGCCUGGCCCCGGAAGAUGACCGUCGUAAGCCACGCCUUCAAGCGCCCGCGCAUCGUCGACGGCCACUGCGCCGCCAUCAGCUUCCCCCUCGACCGCGUGCACUUCCUGGGCAUCGAUCCGCCGGGCAUGCAAGCCGCCAGCGCCACCGCCGCGGACAAGACGGACGGGCACGGCGACGGAGGCGACAAGGAGAAGACGGGCGCCGCCGCGGGCGUGCAACGCGCCGUGGAUGAAUGGACGGAGGAUCCGCACGGCGUCGGAGCAAGCUUGGCCGGCAAGAGACGCGCGAGGAACCCCUGGGGAGUGGAGGACGGCUUAUUCAAAAGCGAUGAAGAAAGAAGUAGAAGUGGUGUCGUCACCAGGAUAGUAAACGGCCACGAGGCGCUCGUAGAAGACGCAAAAAGGCCAUGGGCUUAG